AUGAAGAGAGUUAUUAUUUUUGUAUUAGCUACAAUAUUUUGCGUCAUUCGUCAUCAUGUAGGACACUGUCAAAUGUGCACAACUGAUAUAUGCGAAAAAUGCUGCCACCCAACACAAAAUGGUUGUGAAAAUAACUUUUAUAAAACAAUGAGAGGCAAUCAUUACAGCGAUAGAACAUAUUGCAAACUGUGUGAAUGUAAAAACCCCAUUACAGGAUGUGGAUGGGUAGCUGAAAAGUAUGAAAAAGUAAAAUGUACAAGUUGUACCUUUAUAAAACACGCUUCCGCCAGAAUAAAAUAUUUUGAUAUAUGUGGUUGUGGGUAUGAACUAAAAAAGGGACUUCUACUAACUAGUAGUUAA